CAGGAAAUAUACUUAAUUUCUCACUUCUGCAAGUAGUCAUGACUACUGAAGAAAGAAUCUUUUUAAACUACAGAAGAGUCCAUUUGGGUCUCUUGUAUGGAAAUCCUAAUUUUGUUUUUAGCUUUUUGUAAUUUUUUGCUAAAGUUAUGAACAAGCAAAAAGCUUGUCUUGUGAGGCAAACACACACACGUGAGAAUGUCUAGAAGAGGACAGAUUCUUCACAGCCGGACCCAGUGGCUGCUGUUGGGCCUUGCUUUGCUCUUCAGUUUAGUAUUAUUUAUGUACCUCCUGGAAUGUGCUCCCCAGACUGAUGGAAAUGCAUCUCUUCCUGGUGUUGUUAGAGAAAAUUAUGGUAAAGAAUAUUACCAGGCCCUCCUGCAGGAGCAAGAAGAACAUUACCAGACCAGGGCAACCAGUCUGAAACGCCAGAUUGCCCAGCUAAAGCAAGAAUUACAAGACAUGAGUGAGAAGAUGAGAUCAUUGCAAGAGAAAAAGAGUAUAGGGGCUAAUGGCAUAGGCUAUCAAAGUAACAGAGAGCAAUCACCUAGUGAUCUCUUAGAAUUUCUUCAUUCCCAGAUUGACAGAGCUGAAGUUGGCAUAGGCGCCAAACUACCCAGUGAGUAUGGAGUCGUCCCCUUUGAAAGUUUUACUUUAAUGAAAGUAUUUCAGUUGGAAAUGGGCCUGACUCGCCAUCCUGAAGAAAAGCCAGUUAGAAAAGACAAACGAGAUGAAUUGGUAGAAGUUAUUGAAGCUGGCUUGGAGGUCAUUAAUAAUCCUGAGGAAGAUGAUGAACAGGAAGAUGAGGAGGGCCCCCUUGGAGAGAAACUGGUAUUUAAUGAAAAUGACUUCAUAGAAGGCUAUUAUCGUACUGAGAAAGAUAAAGGAACACAGUAUGAACUCUUUUUUAAGAAAGCAGACCUUUUGGAAUAUAGACAUGUGACUCUCUUUCGCCCUUUCGGGCCGCUCAUGAAAGUGAAGAAUGAAGUGAUUGACAUCACAAGAUCAAUUAUUAAUAUCAUUGUGCCACUUGCCGAAAGGACUGAAGCAUUUGCACAAUUUAUGCAGAACUUCAGAGACGUUUGUAUUCAUCAAGACAAGAGGAUUCAUCUCACAGUUGUAUAUUUUGGGAAAGAAGGACUGUCUAAAGUCAAGUCUAUCCUAGAGUCUGUCACAAGUGAAUAUAAUUUUCAUAAUUACACCUUGGUCUCACUGAAUGAAGAAUUUAACCGUGGCCGAGGACUAAAUGUGGGCGCCCGAGCUUGGGACAAGGGAGAGGUCUUGAUGUUUUUCUGUGAUGUUGAUAUAUAUUUCUCAGCUGAGUUCCUCAACAGCUGCCGAUUAAAUGCUGAGCCAGGUAAAAAAGUGUUUUAUCCUGUGGUGUUCAGUCUUUACAAUCCUGCCAUUGUUUAUGCUAAUCAGGAUGUGCCACCCCCUGUGGAACAGCAGCUGGUUCAUAAGAAGGAUUCUGGUUUUUGGAGAGAUUUUGGCUUUGGGAUGACUUGUCAAUAUCAGUCGGAUUUCCUGACUGUUGGCGGCUUCGACAUGGAAGUAAAAGGCUGGGGUGGAGAAGAUGUUCAUCUCUACCGAAAACACUUGCACGGUGAUCUCAUUGUGAUUCGGACUCCAGUGCCUGGUCUGUUCCACCUCUGGCAUGAGAAGCACUGUGCGGAUGAACUGACCCCUGAGCAGUACCGAAUGUGCAUCCAAUCCAAAGCCAUGAACGAGGCCUCUCACUCCCACCUGGGAAUGAUGGUCUUCAGGGAGGAGAUAGAGAUGCACCUUCGCAAACAGGCUUACAGAACAAACAGCGAGGCUGCUGCGGGGUGACAGUCACCAACACGUUAGACUGCACACAAGCCUUAAGUCCAAUCCUAGAUCCUGUGCCUCUUCCAGAGAAAAACUUUU